GCACAUUGACCCUCACACAAGGAAGUAAUUUCCAAGCUGUGUGUCAAACUCAUUAGAAACGAAACUAAGAGGAAAGUUGUGCAAUAGCUUCGCGAAGUGUUUAUGAGCAGUUAAGAAGAAUGGCAGAUGCGAUUUCAAGUAACCAGGACCUUUUUACGUGUCGCGUUGUGGAUGAACUGAAAGGCCAUGACACCGUUUCAGAGAAUAAGGAGAAACGGACACACUUGGGAGAGACCCAGAGUAAAAGCCAUCAGAUAAUCCAGGAGAGAGAGAAUAAGCUGCAGGAUCUGAGGAAGGCUGUGGAGACUCUCAAGAGCUCUGUAAAGACAGCACUGGAGGACAGUGAGAGGAUCUUCACUGAGAUGAUCCGCUCUAUUGAGAGAAGUCGCUCUCUGGUGAAAGAGCUGAUCAGAACUCAGGAGAAGGCUGCGGUGAGUCGGGCUGAAGGACUCCUGAAGCGACUGGAGCAGGAGAUUGCUGAGCUGAAGAGGAGAGAUGCUAAGCUGGGGCAGUUUUUACACACAGAGGAUCACAUCCAUUUCCUCAAGUUUUCCCAGACUGUUAGUGACCCACCUCAGUCUAAAGACUCUUCCAGCAUCACUAUCAACCAAAAUCUCUCUUUUGAAGCUGUGAAGAAAUCUGUCUCCACACUAGAGGGGCAGCUGGAACAUUUCUGCCAGCAGGAGGUCAUGAAGAUAUCAGCUGUCCAGGCUGUUUUUCCAGAACCACUGACUAGAGAGGUGUUAUUACGGUAUUUCUGUCACUUCACACUGGACACAAACACAGCAGACAAAUACCUCCAUCUGUCAGAGGGGAACAGAAGGGUGGAAUGGAGAGCUGAGCUCCAGUCAUAUCCUGAUCAUCCAGAGAGGUUUGAUGGGUGGCCUCAGGUGCUGUGUAGAGAGGGUGUGACUGGACGCUGCUACUGGGAGGUUGAGUGGGGUGGGGAGAAUGCAGUUGAUAUAGCAGUCUCAUAUAAAAGCAUCAGCAGGACAAGAGAGAAUAAGAGUGUGAUUGGAUGUAAUGAUCAGUCCUGGAGUAUGAAGCUCUUCAGCUCCAGCUCCUUUUUCAGACACGAUGAUAAAGAGACUGAACUCCCUCUAGUACGCAGCUCCAGAAUAGGAGUGUAUGUGGAUCACGGGGCAGGAACUCUGGCCUUCUACAGCAUCUCUGACACAAUGACCCUCCUGCACAGAGUCCAAACCACAUUCACUCACACACUCUACCCUGGGUUUUUGGUUGGCUUUAGAUCAUCAGUUAAGCUGUUAUGACUGAGAUGUACAGAUGCUGAAUCCAGACUUCAUUCACCCAGCCUCUCUACCCUGGGUUUAGGGUUAGACAUUAGAUCACCAGUGAAGCUGUUGUGACUCUGGGGUGGAGCGCUGGGGUGACCCCACGUAUUUGCAAGUGUACCGCACUGGUGUGGCGGUGGUCUGGGAAGAAAACAACCCUCUGCCGUUGACAUCUGAGGCCAAACUUAGAAUGUAUUUACAACCCUAAAUUGGGAUGUUAAUUAAUAUGCAAAUAAAACAGAAGGAAGUAAUUUGUUAAAUUACCUUGGUUUGUUUUAGAUUACCUUUAUUACAGAUGUUCUCGAUAGCUUACACACUAUAACUGGGCCUAUUAACCUAACAUCCCAAACCAUGAGGCCAUCUUCCAGAAGACUAAUUUCCCAAACUACAAAACACUAUCCCCCCUUUUUCUUUUUUACAUCUGAUUCAGAUUUGUUGAACUUUCUGUGAUAAACUCUACUAACACAUCCCUUCAUACAGUAUAUCACUGGCUGCACCAUGUGCUUAUUUAAUAAGCGCUGGCAUUACAUUCGAUUUCUUUAAAUUGAGUCAUCACAGCUCGAACCUAACUAGCACACAAUUCCUCAGGUGGAAACACUAAGGGCCUCAUUUACUAACAGGAUUGCGCCCAUUUCAGGCAUAAAAUAGCGGGUAAAGACAUAAAACCGUAUUUCCAAAGGAGGCGCACCUGAGUAAAAGCGCAGAUUAC